AUGGCGGACGGCACGGUCGUCUCUGAUGGUUUGAAUGCUGACCUCUGCAGCGACAAGAAGGUUUCAAGAGAUCGAGUGGACUUUGUUCGUGAAGAGUAUAAACGUUAUAAACGGAAAAAACCUCCUCCAGACUUCAGUGAAGUUAUUGACUUCCAAGAUCCGACGUCCUUUCGCGGACGUGUAGAGAAAUUCGAAGUCGGGGGAAUGCAUUCGAAGUUCGGACUUCGUUGUUCUAGUGAAUGGCGCGCUUACAAGCUCAAAUCUUGUCCCGGGCUUAUGUUUAUAGUGAAUCCUUUUCUACCAGGAGGGCAACACUACUGGAUAAGGCGAUGCAUGGAAGAUUUUCCCCGGAAACCAAAUGUGUGUAAUCUGGAUGCCCAUAUGACGUUGGACCCUGAAAAAUCGGUCUGGGAAAUCAGCAACAGGUACACUUAACUCAUCAUGCUGCUUAGUAAUUAUCAUUUAACUUGGCCUCCUAACAUUAUUAUUAAAAUAUCUAUAGGUGGUUUUCACGUUACGUCAUCGCCGCCAUGCUGGUGGACGGUAAACAAAAGAUUGGCCAUUAGCUCUCUUUGUUUCUCCACCAGCAUUUGUUCAUUUCACUAUUGUUAUUUGUGUCUCCCGAGAUUGCAUGAAAACCACCUAUAGAUCAUUUUCACUGUCACGCAACAAAAAAAUAAAUUGGAAACCAUCCAGUGGAAGAAGCUAAGAAAAUGAAAUGUUAUAAAAGACUAAAAUAUAAACGAUUUGUGCAAGUUUCAGGUCUUUGUGGCCCACAGUUUCUGAGUUAUUUGCUGAAACGUUGCAUGCACCUUUGUAGAGCUUUGUAUGGAGAUGCCAUAUUGGUGUACUGUUUUGGUCCAUCAAUAUGGCUGCCGGAAAUCAACAAAAACAUCUGGAGUUCACUUUUUCUACAAAAGCUCUUUCUUUUCACUCCAGAACCAGCAUACAUGUGCAUAAACAUAUCUUCUAAUACUUGAAAUGGUUAUACUGCUGAAAAUCAAGAGGAGAGACUUUUUUCAAUGAGACAGCAUUCCCAUUUUGGUUUCACGUGCUGUAAAAACUCGGAAGUUCAAAUUGCUGUAUUUUCGAAAUGAAAUAUGCUACAGGAAUGGAAACUUGUACAAAGAUUUAUUUUUUGUUCAUCUUCAACCUAGUGUAAAUAAGACUUCGUAAAACCUCGCUAUUUUGACUUUACAAUUUGAUGACAUCACUGUGAAAACCAUCUAUACUGUGUACAGUUAAACCCUGUUAAUUCCGACACUGAGGGGUGAUAGAAAGUUUCCAUAUUAACAAUACUGUGUACAGUUAAACCCUGUUAAUUCGGACACUGAGGGGUGAUAGAAAGUUUCCAUAUUAACAAUGGGGUGUCCCUAUUAAGUGGGUAGAAUUUAGAGAAAUUGUAAGGGCUUUCUUUCCCCAGGGACAAAGCAAUUUUUCUGUGAUAAUGAGGUGUCCAUUUUAAGUGGGUGUCCAUAAAGCAAGUUUUGACUGUACUAACAUUUAUGCCAGAAUUGCAUCAGUUUUGACUGAUACAGUAUUAAGACAUUUCUCUAUUUUAGUGUUAUGAGAUAAUUUUGUUGAGUGGUGUGUAAAGUAACAUAAUUUGAGAGAUCACUUUGGAUCAGGGAAACUGCCCACCUACCACUCCCCUAACUCAAUGUUAACACUAACUUGUUCUCACUUAGGGCAAAAUGUUGGCUUAUGGGAGGGGUUGGUGGGCAGUUUCCCAGAAACUUAAACUGAUCCACGACUUUUACUGUAACAAUUCUACUUCUGAUUUGCUCUCAUAUGUUAUACUCACCCAAAUAAUCAACUGCAAAAAUUAUGAACCUCAAUUACCCGUGUCUCGAUUAUGCAGAUUUCUCUAUCACCCAGAGUUUUCUCUGGUCCCUAUUGAGAAUACAGUUUCAUGACCAUGAAUUUUUUGAAAUGAACAUUAUUCAGAGUAGCCUCCCACACAGGCGUUUUUAGGGGAGCUCGUUUUUCAUCCCUCCCCACAGACGCCUGCUCAACCGAAAACAACAUUCGUUUCCCAUUGUUUUGUUUGUGUGGUAAGUGACCAAUCAAUAGUUGUGAAAUAAAGUGUUAACAGGCUAAUCAUGACUAAAACAUGACCCUGGAGUUACCCUUUUGGUUCUUUUCUUUCCUUCGCUAUUAUAAAGGUUGUACAGUGCGUGAAGUAUUCUAAAAUUUAACUAAACCUUAUUUUUCCGCUCUGAAUCUAACAUUUAUUAGAGGUCAGAAAGCUUUCCCAGUGUUUCAUGGAGAUCGAGUAAUUAUCAGUUCUGCCCUGCGGUCAAGGUCAACUCUCCAGAAUUUGGAAAGUACAAUGUGAUUGGCUAAGCUUGGGAAAGGAAUGUUGUCUUCGGUUGAGCAGGCGUUUGUGGGGAGGGAUGAAAAACAAGCUCCCCUAAAAAAGCCUGCGUGGGAGGCUUUAUUCAGAGGGGCUUAAAACAGAAUUUGUUAUGCUUUGGAUAGUAAAGGCGACGCCAAAACUUACAAUGUGCAUUCAGUGUAUGUAGCAAAAGUGAGGAAGAAGAAUUGAAGAAUUCAAGUUAUGAUUGAUUGGCUGUGAGUUGUUUCAUGGCUUACAAAGCAUCUACUGCUUUUUGAAAGUAUUUGCUUUUAUUUUUGUCACAUGAGUGUAUGUGAUAAUUAUUUUUCUCAAUUAUUUAGACCAUUUUGAUCUGUUUGCCACUGACAAAUCUAGCCUGUUUUGGGCUCUGAGAUAGUCGCGUCUAUAGAAUUUAGAAAUCACGAACAUGAAAACAAAACGGCCGGGGGAAAUUUGGGAGAGGAAGGGCUCAUAUUUUUGCAUGUCUUUCACUUACGCGUCAUCUCUACCAUUUGAGAGCCCGGAACAGGCUAUUACAAAUCAGUUUUUUUGCUUAACCUCCCCUAAUAAUACUAUUAUUGUUAAUAUUAUUAUUAAACAGCAUAAUAAUGUAACACUCCACUAUGGCUGUGGUUUUUAUUACUAACUAUCCAUUAAAUUAAACAUUUUAUGUCACUUUGACCCAAGUGGGUUAUCUCACCAGUAAACCCUAUAAAAAGUGUGGUCUAUUGCUUUUAUAAAAUAACUUUAAAGCAUGUUUCAGUUUUCUAUGAGUUUACUGGCACAGUAAACCAUAGGUUUUUAACCAAUCAGAAUGCACGUACUGUUCUAUCUUAGUUAUUUUAUAAAUUAUUAUAUAAGAAAAGCUAAUGACCACUGAUUAUUUUUCAACAGCAGUGGUGAAAAUCGUGGCUUGAUGGAUCGGCUUCGCUGGGUGCACCUUGGUUACCAUUUUGAUUAUAAUGUUGUGGAUUAUAAACCUGAAAGAUAUUAUGACUUUCCACUUGACCUGGCCAGCAUGACUCGGCAUAUUGCUAGUACCAUUGGUUACCCUGACUACUCCCCUGAGGCUGGUAUUGUCAAUUACUAUCCCUUGGGGGGAACCAUGGGGGGACACACGGACCAUUAUGAGUCAGAUUUGUCGUGGCCUCUGAUCUCCUUGAGUUUUGGACAGACAGCGAUUUUUCUCAUUGGUGGAGCUACCAGAGACAUUAGACCAGAAGGUAUGUUGGAGUUUGUAAAUACAGUUGAACCUUCAUUAAGCAGCCACCCUUGAGGUGCCAGCAAGUGGCUGCUUAAUGAAGGUUGCUCGUUUAAUAGAAGGCCAUCACAUAUUAUAAGAGACGUCACCUUAUCUUAAAACAAACAGGUGACAGAAGGGACAUACCUGGUUCACAAUCACUCGUCACCUAUCUCGGACUGUAUUUUCCUUCAUCAAUACAUGUAUUAUUUUAUAAAAUAAUUCCAAACUAAAUUGUAUCAAGCACUUGAACAAUAAGAGGACUGUCAUCCUCAUCAGGAUAGCCACAAGGUGGCAACUUAAUAGAGGUUUAAUAUACCAUUCUUUUCCACAAGUAUUUUGGCACUGUGAAUACUAGCCGUGUAAUAGAGGGUUGCCUCUUAAUUGAUGGCCGCUCAAUGGAGGUCAAGCUAUAUUCCAUGUAAAGCAAGCUAGUACAAUGUGAGAAGAAUGGUCAAUAUUAUUAAGCUGAAGAAGCUGAAUCAGACCUCCCACUCUCCUAUUGACAUUUACCCCUGCACUCUAACAGAAGUAACAAUACAGGGUUUUGGUAAUAAGUAUUCUAGUCGCAGGAGAAAGUUGUAACCGGAGAAUUCUGCCAAGUAAACAGAGAAUUCCCCAGUCUCUUAUGCCUAAUGAGCACCUUGUCUCAUGGUCUACCAAUUUAGCAAAAGCCCUUAAUGGUUUGUUUAUUUUCUUGCCUCUGUUGAUCGAAUGAUAUUCUGGUGAGAUUUGCUAGUAUUUUCUAAUCCACUACACAACAUGAAAAAGACAUAGUGGCAGAGCAAACAGGCCAAACCAACCCACCAAAUUAUAUACAGCAACUACAUGUAAGAUGAACCUGGGACAAGUCACCGGCAACUAAUGUGCAAUUAUGUGUGUAUCCUCUUCACAAAAACUGCUAUCACUGGCACAAUAGUACUGGUCUACAUCCCUCAUUAGCCCUUUAAGCCCCAAUGUCCACACAUAAAUUCUCCAAACUGAUCUCUAUACAUUUCCAUAAAGAAUAAGUAGAAAGAAUUUGAUAAUAGAUCAAGGCAUUUUCUCUCGCGUGAUCACUUUAUUAAUUCUCAUAAUUUAUCUCUUGACAAUGUAUGGAUUUUGUUUGGAGAAAUUUGGUCUUAGUCACUAUUGGGACUUAUAGGGUAAAGCACACAGACUUAGUGCCAGGUGCCUCCAACACUCUCUCCUCCUUCCCUCUUGCUGAAAACAAUACUCUUAUUUUUGCUGUUAUUACAGAAAAACUUCAUUAAGUAGACCCCAUAUUGAAGGGAAUCCCUUUCAAGCAGACAUGGAUGUUAAUGAGUUCUAGAUUCUUCUUCCCAUAAUGCAAGCUUAAUUCUCAUGUGUUCCUUGUGGGGGGUUGGGUACUUUUCUUUUUCUUUUUAGACGGUGAAGAAAAGGUUAGUAGGUAACUGUUUUUGUUUAUGUUUGCAGCUUUAUACAUUCGCAGUGGUGAUAUUCUAAUCAUGUCUGGGCAAUCUAGAACUGCUUUUCAUGCUGUCCCCAGGAUUAUUAAAGUUGGAGAAGAAAAUGAACCCCCGCCAUGCUUGAAAUGGCAAAAUGGACUCUUUGAUGAUAAAACAAACAAAACAACAGGGGUGAACCUGGAUGAAUUAGAUGUAAGAGACAAAAACACGGCAAUACUGGAUAAAAACUGUGCAUCAACUAAUAUAGUUGGAGGAAAUGACACCGAAUCAAACAAAUGCGCUGUGGAAGAAUUCUGCAAUUACAAGAUUUGUAGCGAAUCUGAACACUUCAGUUUUGAGGCUAAUAAGAGUAGUGGUUGUAAUAAGUUGGAUUUUGGUGCUAAAUCCACAAGGGUGAAAUCUCUCAACGCAGAAGAGUGGAAAAAAUUUGAAGUUUAUAUUUCAAAGACUCGGAUUAAUAUCAACGUGAGACAGGUGCAUGAACAAGGCAAAACAAUGAAUUCUUUUUGCCAGUGAUCGUGAAUAAUUUAAUAAUAAUAAGAUAAUAAUAGUAAUAUUAUCAUUAUUAUUGAUAUUGUCAAUAGUGUAGACAGUAGACCACUGUCUUCGAUGGAGAUUAAAAAUGAAAGCAAU